GAAUCAUAUUUUCUUCCACACUCCCUCUGAAAAGGAAAGAGAUUCUGAUUCCUAAGAUUCAAAAAGAUCAACGAUAUUACAAUCUCCCAAAAAAUGCUUCGUCUUUCAUACUGUUCAACCAAACCCAAUUCAAUUGCACAUUCAAGAUUCAAUCUUUCAUCGUACACCACCCAGCCCAGAUUUCCCAUUUCUUGCAUUACACCUACCAAAAAGCUCACUUCCUCUGCGAAAAUCCCCCUCGGUUUUGUCCCAAGAUGCUCUCAGCAAGAUUCUGCUUCACUCCCUGCUACUAUUCAUGCUCAACAAUUCGGCAAUGAUAAAAUUAUCAGGAACAAUCAAACUCAAGAAAACCAACAAGGAGCUCAAAAGAACUUCUGGGGUGCUGUUAGUUUGAUUAUUGGAACUGCUGUUGGGCCUGGGAUGCUUGGUCUGCCUGCUGCAACUAUUAGAUCAGGCUCAUUUCCAUCAACCGUUGCCAUUUUUCUUUGCUGGGUUUAUGUUAUCUCCUCUAUUAUUCUUGUUGCAGAGCUCAGUUUCGCUGCUAUGCAGGAAGAUGGGGUUUCAGAGGUGAGCUUUACUGCCCUUGCAACUAAAGCAUUAGGGAGUCAUUUUGGUGCCUUUGUGGCUGUGGUUUAUGCCAGCUUGAGUUUUUCUUUGUUAGUAGCCUGUGUUUCAGGUAUUGGGGCAAUAGUGUCUCAGUGGUUUCCAUGGAUGAAUCUUGUGUUGGCUCAUGCAUUGUUUCCACUUGCAGCUGGGAUUGUGAUUACAUUCUUUCCAUUCAAGGUCAUUGAUGUUGCAAAUCGGUUUUUAUGCUUGCUCAUGCUUUUAUCUAUAACUGCACUAGUGGGUAUUGGUCUUUCUGUGGCUAGAGCAAAUGUUUUGGGCUCCUUUGCUAAAUCCUCAUGGAGUAUUUCAUCAAUCUUGCCAGCUAUACCUGUUGCUGUGCUCACAUUGGGAUUCCAUGUUAUCACCCCUUUUAUUUGUAAGCUUGCUGGGAACAGUGUUUCUGAGGCAAAAAGAGCAGUGUUGAUUGGUGGAGCUGUUCCAUUGAUCAUGGUUUUAUCAUGGAAUUUGAUUGUUUUGGGGCUUGCUGGGGCUAACACUGCUGCCUCCUCCAAUGACCCUAUCUCCCUAUUGCUUUCUGUCAAUCCUUCAGCUUUAUCUGCUGUUCAGGGUUUUGCAUUUUCUGCUCUGGCAACUAGCUUGAUUGGUUAUGCUGUUAGCUUUCCGAAACAGCUCCUUGAUACCCUGGAUUUGGUGUUUAUGAAACUCAAUGCAGAACAGUUUAGCUCUCAAUCUGAAAUGUUCUCAAAUAGGGAUGGGACUGGAAAAGUUGGGUUAGUAAUUUUUUCUAGUGAACAGUGUAGUGGAAAUGCAGGGAGAGCUUUAUUUGUUGGAUCAAAGGAUUUUGCUGCCUCAGAAGAUAAACAGCCAUCAAGCUUAGCUGAGUCUAAUUCAUUUCAUCAAAUGUUUGUAACAAUGCUGGUUCUCAGUGUUCCUAUUCUCAUAGGAUCUUUCUUUCGCUCGACCUUUUCAAGAGCCCUUGAUUUUGCAGGAGUUUAUGCAAAUUGUUUCCUGUUUGGCAUACUUCCUCCUGUAAUGGCAUAUGUACAACAAUCCAGGAAGAAGCUCAGGUCAUCCAUUCUUCCAGGAGGAGAUGCAACACUUCUGCUACUUUUUGGCAUAGCUGUUAUUUUGGGGAUUUGGCAUUAGAUGAUUAGCAGCAGAAGAUUUUCCUCUUCAUAGACAAUUACUGACAAUUCAACCACAUUAACCGCAUCUAAUGACUUGUCUGUGCCUCAUAUUUGUUUGACUUACUUUGGAUUUCAUAGUGUAUUUUAUUACCAGGUUAAUUCAGACAAUAGAUUGAUUUUCAAAUUUUUAAUACAAUUGUAACUCGGAUAGAAGCAUACCAUGGUGCAAAUGGUAUUGCCAAAUUAAUAUUUUGAUUAUGAACGUUGUUUUUGAAAUAUCAUACAAAA